AUGGAUUGCUAUAAGUAUGAUCCAGAUGUUAUCGGUCCAGCUGACGUCGAGUGGGCAAAUCAAACCCAGGUCCUGGGCUAUAAUCCUUCUGCUGCUGAAAAUUCCAAGUUCUAUGUAUCAGGGCCAGUCAGAGUUCAGCGGUUCUUGAACCUGUCUUCUGAAACGCGACAAGAUCCCAUCCUUGAGGGUAUUGAUGUGCGUUCUCUGAAAGUUUACAAGAACGAGAAAUGUCGUGAACGAGUUAUUCCCUUCCACCCAGAAUGCUAUAAGACUUUGGCAUGGUAUUUGACCGGAGGUCCUGAUCCUACCAAGAUCAACAAAGGGGCACUCUAUAGAGCCUUCGACCAAUUCUCGGUUGUUAGAAAGAUCCGGCCGCCAGAGCUAAGGUGUCUUUCUCUGGAUUAUGGGGAUGUCAAUGAAGCUUCGAGUUGGUACUGGAUAUGCAUUCCUGGGAGAGAGUACACAGUCUCCAACCCGCAAUACAGUACUGAAGUUAAAGAUAAGAUUGCUUCUUUAAUUUCAGGUUCUGAAUUUAAAAGCCAAGCUCUUCAGUUCUGCUAUGAAGCUAAGUCGGUGUCAAACCCACUGAGGGCUCUUCCCGAAACAGCCCUAUUUAUAAUUUCGGAAUUCUUGGACAAUACAAGUCUUCUAAAUCUGUCCUGUGCCUCAUGGACUACGUUCUUGAGCUUGAGGGACAAUGCUUCUUUUUGGAAAAGACGCAUAGUGACCCAUUUGCCUUACUUUGCCGAGCUACACGAAUGCUUGAGAGAACAGUCUCAAGCUCUGAAGGGCAGGGACUACAGGAAGAUUUUCCAAUGGGCCGAGUAUGCUUCAAAGCCACGGUCGGGAGUCGCAAAACUCAUGUUGUCAAUCGCCAAUCGUCGAAGAAUCUGGAAGGUCUGUGAGCAGAUUGAGAGUCUUUAUAUUCGAGAACCACGAUGCCCACCUACCGAAAAAGGUUACGUCGUAUACCAAGCUGUCAAAAGUGGCCUCCAGGUACUGGGUGAUACGCGAGAGCCGGGCUUGUACUUUAGCUCAGCGAGUUUCUUGCGGGGCUGGCACGAACUCCUACGCCCAUGGACAUUUGACCUCUUCUGGAACUCGGAAGGAGAUUUGUCAGCUAUAGCUAUCAGCUUUGGAGAAGACCAGAGAAUCUUCGGACAUGAACCGCAGGAAAGAGGCUCAUAUCAGACAACGGGAUCCUUCCCAGGUGGCGUCUGGAUCAAGUGCUUUGUCUUCCAUAUCUAUGCCUCAUCUAUCCUUAGACCCUGGCAGGCUUGUUCCUGGAAUUAUUCGUCAUGCAGGGGCGUUACAGUAUAUCUCACCGAUGGCUCUGAGCAUACGUAUGGCCAAGACGAUCCGCACUUAUUCAAAUUGCCAUUCGCUGUUGCAGAGAAUAUGACCAUAAUUGGUAUUAAAGGUACUCUUACUGCACAUAAACGAUACGGUGUUGAUCCUUUCAUCGAGAAAAUGUGGCUUUUACAAGCCCGCACCGAUGGUGGAGAAAAGCCUUCAGAAGUCCCCGAAGCUAGACCCCACGAGGGGUCUUGUUGGGCUGGAAAUACCUACAUGUUCAAGAGUCUGCUCGCGCCUGACUCUGAUAUGAGAUUACAGAUGUUGAAAGGUCGCAUUCGAGAUGACGAUGGAUCAAUCUGGCCUGAGCAACGUUGGGAUACUUUCGAAAUUGAUGGCCAAGGCGGCGAAAGAAUUGAAGAGAUCAAGGUUUACCAUGGCCCGUAUCAUGAUCCCGCGCCUACGGCAAUCGAGAUCCAUACCAAUUGGGGCCGCUCAGUUCUAUGGGGCGUAGACAUGAAACGGGACAAAAAUGGGGGAGAAACGAAUGAGCAUGCUCGACUUCCAAUUAAACGUCCUACUCAUCUCCGUCCCGACGAUGGCUUUGCUAUCGUUGGUCUCGUUAUGGGAUGCGGAAAGGUUUUUGGUCGCUGGCACUCGGACAAUGAAAUCAUUGACCCUCUCUGGGACCGUAAGGAACUGAUGAUCGGCAAGGAUUACAUGGAUGAGGAAGAUGUCAGAGGGCCUUGGACCAAGGAGCAGUAUGAAAAGCGUAACGACUCGACGUUACAUACAGGCAUGAGCAAGUUUGGCAUUAUCACGAAAAGGAUUACAGAUGGGCCUGAACUAGGUAUCUAG